AUUGUCGCUUUCAUCACUCAAAACCCUUUCCCCCCCUCCACCCUUUUCCCCUCCCGGGUCGAGUGCUCGAGCUCCGACCAAAUCUCGCAGCGGCUGCAAUCCCCGAGCCCGAAGCGCGGAUCAGCGGAGGAGGACGCCAGAUUCUGAUCUGCGGCCGGCGCGACCCACAGAAAACCGGAGAUGCAGCAGGGCGACGGCACGGAGGCGCAGGUGACGUGGGAGGACCAGCAGAACAUCAACCGCUUCGGUCGCCUCAACAACCGCCUCCACGAGCUCCAGGACGAGAUCAAGCUCGCGAAGGAAACGAAUGAGAACCUUGAUGAUGCUGGGAAUGAACUCAUCUUAUCUGAUGAAGAUGUUGUACGCUUCCAAAUUGGGGAAGUGUUUGCUCACAUGCCAAGGGAUGACGUCGAGACUAGGCUGGAGCAGAUGAAGGAGGAUGCGGCUAAGAAGCUGGAGAGGUUAGAGGAGGAGAAGGAAUCCAUCCUCGCCCAGAUGGCCGAGCUGAAGAAGAUACUGUACGGGAAGUUCAAGGAUGCCAUCAACCUGGAGGAAGAUUAGUAGUAGAGUCGUGACUAUUUGGCCCUCUUUCUAGUUCAGGUGCUGUUUUUGUUUCCCUGCCCUCCCACAAACAUUUGUCUUGUGAUGCUGGCCUGCUUGUGUAACAGAAGCUCUUCUACCCAGAAGAAUCCAGAAAAUAGUUUUUAUUCAUUCUGCGGGUGUAUAUGGAUUGAUUGAAGUUAUUAGCCCUGAGCUUUUCAGUUGGACUUUC